UGUCUGUUAAUUUGCUCCGAGCGAGGUCAGGUCUGUAGGAUCUAUAUAUAGAGAGCCCCUUAGGAUCGUGCAUCACAGUUCCUUCCUGCGCUUCCUUCAGUCAUGGGAAUGAAAAUUUUAUUGGCCAUCGGCCUAUUUGUUGGCCUAUCAACAGCUUCCUUUCGGGGUGGUGGAGGUGGAGGAGGCGUGGCAUGCGCAGGUAGCUGCGGAGGCGGAUCAGUCAUAGGAGGCGGUGGUUACACAGGCGGCAUCUCUGGAGGGGGAGGAUCUGGUCAAGUAGGAGUUGGAUCCGCUGGAGGAUUUGGAGGAUCAAGUGGAGGAUAUUCUGGAGGCUCAUCUGGUGGUGCUAAAAUUGUGGGAGGGCCUGCAAUUUUCAUUGGGACCUCAACAACCCCUGGAGGAGCAAGGGGUGGCUAUUCUGGUGGAAUAUCUACAGGACCUUCCUUGGGUGGAGGCUCUGGAAGUUUUGUCAGUGGAGGCUCAAGUGGUGGAUAUUCGGGUAGUUCAUCAAGAGGCUCUUCCAUUGGCGGAAGCUCUGGAGGUUUCACCAGUGGAGGUUCAAGUGGUGGAUACUCUGGUGGGUCUUCUGGAGGUUCUUCCUUUGGGGGAAGUUCUGGAGGUUUUAGCUCUGGAGGAUCAGGUAGUGGUGGAUACUCCAGUGGAUCCUCAGGAAGUUCUUCCUUUGGUGGAGGUUCUGGAGGUUUUAGCAGUGGAGGAUCAAGUGGAGGAUACUCUGGUGGUUCAUUAGGAGGCUCUUCCUUUGGUGGAAGUACUGGAGGCUUUGGCAGUGGUGGCUCAACUGGUGGAUAUUCUGGUGGAUCAUCAGGAGGCUCUUCCUUUGGUGGAAGUUCUGGAGGUGUUAGCUCUGGAGGAUCAAGUGGUGGAUACUCUAGUGGAUCAUCAGUAGGUUCCUCCUUUGGUGGAAGCUCUGGAGGAUCAAGUGGUGGAUAUUCUGGUGGCUCUUCAGGAGGUUCUUCCUUAGGUGGAAGCUUUGGAAGCAUUAGCUCUGGAGGCUCAAGUGGCGGAUAUUUUCUGGGGAUCAUUCAGGACGUGCCU